GUAAUAGUACGGUGAAUUUUUUCGGUUGUUACUGGUGGUUGUUACACCAAUAAAAGGCAAUUUCAACAACCUGACCUUCUAUUCUUCUAUCACUCAAUUAAAAAUCAAAACAUUUCUGGCAACAGUUUAUGUCAUAUUCAUAUGUGGUAAUUGUUAAUGAUAAUGUAAUGUUAUAACAAACAUACCUAUAUACACUGAAAAUCAUUAAUAUUAUUUUGUUUUUGUCUGCUAUAGUGAUAAGAGGGUUUCUGAGUACAAUUUUAUGCCAAAUCAAAUAUCCAACACUACUUACUUCUCACUCACUGAAGGUUAAUUUCCAAAUUUGUGAAAAGGCCACUCAGCAAUUUUCAAAAACUUUGAAGUUGGUCGGUUUUUGUCCAAUACUAUCUACAUAGAAACGUUCAUAAUAAACGUGAACACUACAAAAAAUUUGAACAAGACACUUCACUUACCCUGUAUUAUGAUCUAUUGAAGUGAUGGAGUACGAUUUCCAAAAAAUUUGUAGGAUAUGUUUGAAUGAUGGCAUUAUGAUGUCCGUUUUCAAAGUCAACAUUUCUAAGAAGAUGAUGGCUUGCGCAUCCGUACAGGUAUGGCAAAAUGACGGUUUGCCUUCACAAAUUUGUAAUAAAUGUUCAGCGAAGCUGCAUAUUUCAUUCCAGUUCAAAAAGUUAUGCGAAAAGUCGGAUGCAAAAUUGCGACAGCUACUGACAUCCAAGUCGAAUAAGGAUCAGUACGAUCAGACCCAAGAAGGAACCCAUCAAAAUGAUACUCCAGAAGAAUUGACACAAGCAAUAUCCCAAAACAAUUGUAUUUUUAUAGAGUGUAAUCCGUUGAUAGAACCCAUUCCUCAAAACUCAAAUAAUUUCUCUUCUGGGCCUCAAAAUUUGCCGCAACCCCUAAAUCAGAUCAAUUACAAUGGCGAUCAAGGUGGUGUGCCCUUGAAUGGAUAUAAUUUAACUGAUGUGGGGCAAGUGCAGGUUUAUAGUACUGGCACUUAUCCUUUGUCCAUGCAACCAUCUAAUCCUGUCCUUCCUGAUCAUUUAAUGCAACAAAUACAACUGCCACCACCUGCUCAAGUUGUCAAUUUAGUUCAACAACCAACAACAGGAAUAUCGGAAGACAACAAGGAGAAAAAUCGAGAUACAAAUCAGACAAAAAACGCCAAAAAAGAACAAAAGGAACAGGGUAAACAAUGCCCUACUUGUAAGAAAAUAUUUGAAACUACAACCAAACUAAGCAGACACGUAAAAACUCACUCUUUGGAUAUGCCAUAUAAGUGCAAGGCGUGCAGCAAAUCCUUUGCACAUAGCGGAAAUUUCAAGAUUCAUCUGAGAAUGCACACCGGGGAAAGACCAUUUCGAUGUACAAUCUGUGAUAAGGGGUGUAGACAGGCACAGGAUUUGGAAAAGCACAUGCGAACACACACAGGUGAAAGACCCCAUAAAUGUGUAAUAUGUCCAAAAGCAUUCUCAACACGUUCUAACCUCAUAGCUCACGUAAGGACACACACUGGAGAGAGACCAUAUGUGUGCUGUGUAUGCCAAAAAGCGUUUUGUCAGUCUAAUGAACUCACCAAGCAUAUGCGUACCCACACUGGUGAGAAGUCUCAUGUGUGUGACAUAUGUAACAGGGGUUUCAAUGGUUCCAGUACCCUCAUAGUUCAUCGUCGUUCACAUACAGGUGAAAGACCCUACACGUGUAUGGUUUGCAACAAAGGCUUCUCACAGUCAAGCUGCCUUGCUGUUCAUAUGAAACGUCAUAACAAUGAGGAAAACUAUCAGUGUGACCAGUGCUUUACUUACUUUUCUACGAAAUCUGAAUUUGAAGUGCAUUUAGCAUCCCAUGAGAAGAUUGAAAUUAUUUUUGAGGAAUCCGGUGAUAUUAGCUAUAAACUUAACACAAAAAAUGAUGAUACAUAAUAACGCUGUUUUUUUUUUUGUAAAUCGCCUCUAAGUCUACCUCUCAUCUACUCAUGUUCAUGGAAGAUUAACAUCAUCAUAAGUGAAUAUA